GAUUAACUGUGCCAGGAAAAAUUCAAACUGGUAGCAAAUUUUUGACCACAACAUAAACGAUUUGCAAAAUUUGAAACCGCAAAAGCUAAAAAAAAAAUAAACCACUUAUACAAUUAGCUUAAAAUUGAUGGAAACUUGAAAUGAGAGCUAUCUAAAGUAAGAAAGAGGUGCUCAAAAGGCAAAAUGCAGGGAUGGUUAACUCGGGGAGAGAUGAGACGAAUUUCCAAAGGCAAACUUUUAAUAUUCUGCUCCAUUUUGGGGUCUCCUCUAGUUAGAACCGUCUGAGGCAAUUUUUACUCAAUUCUCGUUUUCGUCUCUGUUUUUUGUGUCCAUAUCUACAUGUGUGUUUGAUUUACAUUAAACGGUACAAAUUGUUCGUUAAAAUCUCUUAAUGUAUUCAUUUCGGCUUUAUUUAUAGCCUCAUCACUUCUUAUUGAUAAGGUCAUUCGUGAAAGACUGUCAGGCUGAAAAACGGGCUGCUUUCCUUUGUCGACGUUUUAUCAGUGUGUUAUAUUUGGAUACGUUCCCCUGUCUAUCUGUCUUUAUUUUCCUCUAGCAGUAGCAGAAUAAAGAAUUUAUAGACAAAUUGUAUGCGGAAUAAAAUUUACGGGACGAAAAUCAAAAUAAAGUACAAAAAACAGCUGGGGAUGCCAAUAUAAUUGGAUUCAAAAGGGGAGUAACAUUAGUAAAAGUGUUAUGCGAAAUUUAGACCACAAAAACUUUUUUACUUAAUUUUAAACGGGCUAUAACUUAUAUAUUGGAAUUUUCGAUUGGUCAGUUCUCUGGUUCAUUUGAUUAAGAUAGGUUGAUUUGGAUAAAAGGCCGAUUUCAGUCGCCAUGCGGGUAACCCUUGUGGUAAGGGUCCCCGUGGGGUGAGUGACCAAGAAAACGGCGGGAAAACCACGAAACGGCGGGAAAAUGGUAAAACGGCGACGAAGACAAACUUGGAAUAGGUUUCGCUCGGCGCUGCUGGCAUGUAAUCGUCAACCGCAAAUCAAGAAACAUUUGCUAAUUUCGUCAAAGUAGACGUUGUUCGUGCUGAGAAACCAGCCUUGUUUUAAGGAAUUUUUUACGGAAAAGCAAACAUAGUGAGUGCCAAGCACCAGAGAAGACAUGACGAAACACCGGAGAUCAUUGCAGCUCGAGAAAGAGCUGUAUUUAGCGAAAAAGAAGCUUGAAAAGUUUGAAACUGUGGAGCGAGCUACCGACAAAAGGAAGUGUGAUGUGCAGCAAGAGUUGCUCUGUGCGUCGAAAAAUGUUGGACGUUUAAAGAUUUCAUGUUGCAGCUCUUUAGAAAUAGAGAACAGGGUCGAGCAAGAGAUUUUUCUUUGCCGUGAUAGGACUUGUGAGUUAGAGGGGCGUGAUUGUAAAGUUACGGAUUUGGAAACCACGAAUCAGAGUUUUGAGAGAAAACAGGAAUCUUUGCAUCAAGAGCUGUUGAAAAGGUCAGAGAAAAAAACCGAUGGCGAAAUUGCGCUCCAAAGUAUCAAGCAGAAAAGAGGGUAUGUUAAAAAUGGCAAAGCACAACAGGGUGCGAAAACUAAUGAGAACGAAAAUGGGAGAAGAAAGCUUAAAAGCGAUAAGGGAUAUCUCCAAGGAGAGUUGAUUAAAUUACGGGAAGAUAUUUCCACGUCUAAAAGCCAGAUUGAUACUUUAUUACAAGAUAAGAAUGAAUUGACAGCUGUGUCAAAAGAAACGAAGAAAAGCGAUAUAGGAAGCAAUUUGGAAUUUGGAAAACGUUUCAGAAACGGUGGAAAUCGCGAAAGAUCGAUUCCAAAUCAGCACUUUAUCCUGGAGGCUUGCGACAAAAAGUCCACAAAUGAAAUCCGCAAGCUGCACGAAGUCGCUGCAGAUUUAGAAACAAAGUACGCCACCUGUAAGACUGAGCUAGAAAACCAACAAGACCUUAUCACAACAAUUAUUUCGCGCGAGAAAGCUGUCUCGCGCGCGGCGCGCGAGGCUGCGCGAGAUCUGCAGGUGCAACUCGACGAAAGUCGGCAAGAGAUUGAAAAGCGUGACGUUAUGAUGAAAACACUCGCGAAAGACAAAAGAAGUCUUGAGCACAGCAUUCUGGAAUUUAGGCGAAAUUAUCAACAAAAAUGCGAUGCCUUUGACGCUGAACUGAACGAAACAAAAACUCUUCGUACGAGGCCAAGGAUAGAGGCACCUAUAGUCAGUACAAAUCUACAGGAUUAUUUGGAAAAAUAUCAACAAGGGGCCGACCUGAUUAGCCAAGAGCCAAACAGACAAAUAACCGGCUCGUCGUGGUAUCGUUCACACGAACAAAAGGCGGCCAUUUCGCUUUACAAAGCUAGCAAGUCUGCCCACAGUGUUUAUGCAAGACGCCACCGUGGAAACAUCGAGAGUUUGAACCCAGACGAAUCGCUUCUGCAAGACCGCAGCGAAGAAAAGAAAGAGAUUUUUCGCGGUCAUUUGCCAAAGAAAAGAAAGGAUAAGUUAACAGAGGUUCGCAAUCGGCGGCAAUUUCACGCAACUGCGGAAAGCGCCAAUGAGAGCGCUGAUCUCGAGUGGAACAAACCUCACGCUGAUUGUGUAAGCAAAUACCGCGAGAGCUGUCACGAUCAGAAAGGGCUAAAGACGUUGUUGAUGGCGGUAGAAGACGGGCGAGCGCCGACUGUGGAGAUGGAGAACGAGUUGGAUGAAAGAUCGGUAGAAAACGACAGUAAAUGCGAAGAAUAUCAACCCGACGUCGACGGAGUUCGAUCGGAGAACGAUGCGGUAGAAAUCGAGAAUUGUUCUUCGACGCAUGAAGAACAAGAGAUCAAACAGAUUGAGCCUUUAAAUGUUUGUAACGGCGACGAGAUCGCGUCUCCGAUCGUCGAAAGCGAAUUUACGAAUGGUCAUGCAAGCCUAGUGCCAGACGAAGACAAAAACGAUUCUGGAGUGAGUGUAGAUCCGACGAAAGAUGAUUUUGACACGGUGAAGAAGAGAAAAGAAGAAUUGCAACAGUUAUGCGAAGUGUUAAUGGAGGAGCGAGAUAAAGCGACUCGUACGCUCAGAGGAAGAGAUGAUGAAGUAAUGCGGUUACGAAUGCGCGCUGUGGAAACUGAACACGAAAGAACUGAUCUGAAAAUCCAAUUAGCUAAGGCCAUGGAUCGUUCAGAUGGCCAGGAGAACGAGCUUGCGUCCGUUAAAGAAGAGAACGAGAAACUGAAAGCUGAGGUCGAGAGGCUCGGAAAGAGAAUUGAAGAAUUGGAGGCGGAGAACAGCCACCUUAAUAGUAAACUUCAAGCACGUGCUGAUCAAGAUCAUGCAGAUGGAAAGAAAGAAACAGCUGAUUUGGAAAGUGCUGAGUUAGUGGGCACCGUGGCGGAAGAUCGAGCGGAGGAGCCUGUUACUGUCCAAAGCGAAGAAAGGCUUGAGAGUGAACCUCAAGAGCAAGAACAUGGGAUUGGGAACGUCGUAGACGAUACAACAACUUCAGAAGGCGCUGCAAAAGAGAGCGCACCUGCGGCAGACGAAGUCGUCGUGAAAAGAAGAGAAUACAAACGCACCGCGCCAAACUAUUACCGUCACUCGUUCGCCGGCAGCCUUCCGAGGCCAUUCCACAGCCAUGAGUUACACUCACAACGUUCCUUCGACCAUAGCCCAAAGCACGAGCGUUCGGGAUCGGUUCACUCUGACACGAGUGAGGAGAGCGAGUCUGGAAGUCAUGCCGCGGCUCCGAGUGUGCCUAGCUUUAUGAGGAGGAAGGCGAAUAAUGCGUACUUGAAAUCUGGGUUCAGUCCUGUGCAGUUCAACUACCAGCCGCUCCCCGAGAGCAUCUUGAACAAACGGGAAAGCUGGCUAGAUGGGGUACGAGCAAGAGGGGGUAGCUUAUCUAGAGCGCGCGAUAGCUCUUCUGACAGCGAAAGUAGCGGGAUCGGCAGUGGUGCGAGCGCUUCAGUGGAAAAAAAUCACCAAUGGGUGGAGUGUGGAGAGACCACAAACACGCUGAACUCUGCACCUGAAGAUCGAGAGAAACACUCAGGAAAUGCCGAGAAUUCCACCGAGGAUUUACUACAGUCUACGCACGAAGAACACGAAAGAGUUUCUUUAUCGGAACAACCAUCAGAAGUAGUUACUGGUCAGUCACAAGUUGACGGCGAAGAUCACGAGAGGAAAGAGCACGUGUCUGAUUUAGUCAGUAUGUGGAACAGCAGAACAACAGAAGCAUCGGACGUUUAAAUUGCAUGCGAAUGAAACUGAUACGCGGUGGCCGAUCAAGCGUUCGAAAUCGUGACAUACUCAGACCUGAACAUCAUAAUAAUAACAGUUGUUCAUUUCACGAAGCAGGAAAGCAUGUCAGUGUAUUUCGUAAUGGGUCAACGGAUCGGCACGCUUGUGGUGAUAACAAAACACAAACGAAAAAAGCGAAAGAGCACGUAGAAGAUAUUGGCUUAGGAAGAAAUUAUUCAUAACAAAUUCAGUGCGAAACUAAUUUUGAAUUUUGUAGACGGUGUGCUGAGUUUUUUUAGGACAUCCGUUCUGUCAACAGACCUCUUAAAUAUAAAUAAUAGCGUGUGUUGUAUGUAACGUUGUUUGCGCACAGGAUUAUUUUUUCCCAAUUUCAAUGUUCGAGUUGAUCCAAGCAGAUAUGCAUCAUUAGCCAAGCAUAGACCAAAGCACAGACUAAAUGUAGGCAAAGGUGAAGAUUAUGGACACACAGACGCGGGUCGCUUUGAACAUUUAAGCAAUAUAAUUAAGUUGGAAUUUUUAUUGAUUGGAAUGGAAUAUACUUGAUAUACAGAUCACUCAGUGGUAAGCGUGAUUUAGAGAAAUGAGCACACUUUUAAGUUGUACAUUUUUGUUCUUCAAGACAAUCGGACAACUGGUCUGUCAAAUAAUAAAAUGCUUUUUCAAAACAA